AAAGAGAGACUGAAGUUCGAAGCUGCUGUCAGCGGGCACAAGGGAGCCCACGAAAAGCUACCACAGGUAGGCGUUGUCACUAUUUUAUGGAAGGCGCUGGAGGAGAUUGUGGUGUGCGUGAACGAUUUGAGGGAAGAUGCGGUUCCUGUCUCGCCUAGCAUGCUGGAGGUGAAAGCGCGUGAGGUGGCAAAGGCCGCUGGCAUUAAAGACUUCAAAGCCUCCGACAAGUGGGUCCUUGGCUUCAAGCGCCGUCAUGGCUACAGUCUGCGCGUACCUACUCGCCAAGUACAUGUGUAUCCUCCCUACUUAGCGGUUUAUUGCAGCUGA